GAGCACCCAUGGCAAAGUGGUUGGUCCACGCGUUACGUCUAUUGGUGAUUCUGGAGCCCGCUUGGACUAAAACUGUGGCCGAGGAUGCGAGCGAAGUGGUGCGUCAGAGCACGUCGGAGCGGCGCGUCCUUACGCGUCCGAGCUCCGGCCGGGACGCGGUGACCAGCAGCAUGUUGAAAGUUUACGAGAACUACAGCAAAGACCCGAGCAGCCACAAACGGGGAAACACAGUGAGGAGCUUCACAGCUGUCCCGAGAGUGUUGCAUGGAAAAGAAAUAUUCCAGUUCAACUUCUCCUCCAUCCAAGACUCAGAGGUCAUCCUGUCUGCCUCCUUCCACUUCUUCCUCAAGCGUCAACACCAGCGGUCGUGGCGUUUCCGGAGACCUCGGCGCCCAUCCCCCGCCAUCCACCAUCAACUUCCUCCUUCCCUGCAGAUCCUCUUCCAUGGAUUAUCGGCAAACUCUGCCUCCACAACACUGUUGGGAAACAUCACAGUAAGCUCCUUUAAGAAAAGUGCAUGGCAAUCAAGGGAUGUUACAAGUGUGAUCAAGCAAGCAGGAGAAGGCCUUACCAUCAUGGUGGAGACCGAUUUGUUUCCAAGGGCAACUCAGCAGCAUAGAAGUCUUUCUGCAGACAACAUGCCUUUUAUAAUUCUCUAUGCUGAUGAUCAAGCCAUAGACGACCCCAACAGCGUGGCCGCGACCCUGCAGAGGUACGGACCUUUCCCUGUCGGGGAGGAUGCGUCCACCUCAUCUUCAAGAAUCCGGAGAGAGCUCCAGCUCCAGAUCCAAACCAAUGACAUUCCAGAGGUCCAGUACAACACCCUCAAGAACCACGAACUGUGGCAGAGCACCUAUUUUCCUGCCAAAUCCAAAAGCAAACCUGGAAGGAAGCAGAACCAGGAGAGCAGGGAGGUGCUGAGCUUUGACGAGAGGACAAUGAAGAAAGCCCGCAGGAGACAAUGGAGUGAGCCCAGGGUUUGCACAAGACGAUACCUCAGGGUGGACUUUGCUGACAUUGGAUGGAGUGAAUGGGUUUUAGCACCUAAGUCAUUUGACGCCUACUACUGCGCUGGAUCCUGUGGUUUCCCCAUUCCUAAGGUGGUGCGUCCUUCCAAUCACGCCACCAUCCAGAGCAUCGUCCGGGCUGUGGGAAUCGUCCCGGGUAUUCCGGAACCGUGUUGCGUACCAGAAAAGAUGAGUCCCCUCAGUGUGCUCUUCCUGGACCCGGACAGGAAUAUGGUGCUCAAGGUUUAUCCGGGAAUGUCCGUGGAUACUUGCGCCUGCCGGUAGGAGCCAACAGAGACCUUCAGAGAGGUGAAGGUUCAAGGAGCAGGCAGUGGUUGGAUGCAGGUGGGAUUUCAUUGGUUCUGGCUGAAAAGAAACUCUGGCUUUUCCUUGCAUUUUUGGUGAUUUUUUUGGACAGCUUUGGUCAAUCUAUGACGUCAAAGACUGAAAUAAAGUAGACUCAAUCCCAUGGUAACCCAUUGUUAUCGCUUGAAUCUAACUAAUCAUAAACUCACACAAAAACUGUGUAUUGUCUCUUUUAACAUCUUCAAUAUAUUUGGCAGGGAAUGUUGGAGAUGCAUGAGAGGUAACAUGUUGUCUAUAUAUUGUACAUAAUGGGUGCAUUUUAUAGUUAUACUGUAGUUAACCGGA